CCAUCCAAUUAUAAGCCAAUUAUGAGUAUCAGGACGAUAUUACUUCCGCAAGAUGUACCUGAUUCUUUUUGCACCACGGCGAGUUUACCGACUAGUUGGAAAGGCGUUAUGCCAAUGCCAGCAGAAGAACUGAUUGGGAAACUUCAGGAUCGAGCACUGGGUGACGUUAAUAACCUGCUGGAUGAUCCUAGGCAGGAAACACGGCGAAUUGAAACAGGGUUGUGAUAGUUCCCAGACAAACGAGGCUUCUGUCUAGUAACUAUAGCGCUUCCUUCAUUCACAUAUGUUCGCCUUGGACAAGCAGGUAAUCUUCAGCAAAAAAAGUUGUAACAAUAAAAGUCAUCUGUUUCAAGGGGUAUUGGACUUCUAUUAACUGUAAUUUGAUAAGAAGUCGAACUUUUCAGAUCACUUGAUUUUAGUCAGAAAUCUACCACCCAUGGACUCUGACAUACAAACACAAUCCUUCCAUUGUUUUGUUUCAUUUCCGCUUUAUCUUCGCAAAGCGAUCCUGUUUACUAUUCAUUCAAUCUGAUGAUGUAUUCUGACCUCAAUGACUGCAGUUCAUGAAAAGGUAGGCAGUCAGUGACCAAACCCAUAAAAUUUUGACUGAAACUCUGACAUGUGUUCUCUACUAGGCGCGACUGCCUUAGUGGGUUUUUAAUACCGAUUGUUGGGAAGAAUGAACCCAAGUUCUUUCAGUCACGUAAGGACGUCGGCUUUUGAAUACGUUUUUAUCGUCUGCAACAACCCCACUCGGUAAGAUGUGGCUGCGUAAGUAGUAUGGGGUUUUCAGUUGUUUUUUGAUGUCCACACAAAUUUGAAUAUAUUCCACAAAAAGCAUGCUCAACAAUAUCCUUCUCUGUGUCCGUUUGCUUUCAAAGAACAUCUUAAAAUUCCGUAAUCGAAAAGGACUGCGAAAUGUCCGUUCACAUUUCAUCAUACCUGUGCGUUUAUUAAUUCUGCUUAUGAAGAAUACAGUGUGCUCCAUAUGUCUAUAUGGCAUCUUAAUAGUGGCAUGUAGGAUUGUAUGAUUUUCUAUACAUGGAAUGUAUAGAACUUGUAGACUGUAAACCUUAAACCCAAAUGCAAAGGCAGACCAGGCUCCUAUUAAUUCGGGAAUAGGAAGAAAACUUUCUUAAGUCUAAAUAUACCCUCUCAUCGGGGAUCAACUUUGAAGAAGACAUAAUUUGUUACCAAACGAAUAUAAUAAAGAAUAUUUUUGCGUAUUUUUUCCUUGAAAUAUACGCAAAUUUAUGAGGACAUCGAAAGUCGAUGGAAAAAAAUGCAUGCUACUUAAAUAGUCAGUUUUUACCCAACGCGGUUUUUGCGGACGGCGAAGACAAGUGUACUCAAAAGUCGAAAUUUCGGUGUGACCGAAAUAUCUUGGGGAUUACGCAACACCAUAAUCAAUGUACUCUCUUGGUGGGCUGGAAGUGAUGAAUAAGGAUUUCUCCCUUCUUUUUAGGCCACGUCGAUGACGCACAAGUUGUUUCGAAACCACGUCGAGAAUGCGCUUAACAAUGGACUUGUCCUUUUUGUGGAGGGCAUCGCAGAGGAGUUCGAUCCCGGUUUGGAUAAUGUUCUUUCUCAAAGCUUCAGCAGAGUGGGCAACACUAUGCAGGUAAUUCUUUCGAUUCAUUUCCUACUAACGGUAGCGGGUCCGUGCAAAUUGCUGACACAACUAUAUAUUGGGGCUACAAUUAUCUAAGCGCAGGGGGACUUAAGCUGUAUCCAGUUCACUCUGUCUUCAAAAAUCCUUUGUGUUUUAAUGGCGAUAAAAAUGAAGAUAGAUGAAAAUCAAUUCGCAUUCUGUAACUGAACAGACAGUCGUCCUCGUCACGCAGGUGUAGCGUCCGUUAUUGUCACUCAACGGACAUGAACCAACUUCCUCUAACGCCAAUAUUCUAUUCUCAAAAUUCACUAUACGUCAAAAUUCCGAAGCAGCCGCGAAGUCUAACCCUAAGUUGCGAGAACAGGGUCAAUUGGAUAAUUGAUGACCCUCUGAUUGUUGAUUCCAUGAGUUCAUAAUACCUCCACUGGACGACAGUGAGGGAUAGUCACUCAGGAUCGCCUCAAAAUCUUCCAUUACCCAUCAUUUUCACUGUGGCUUGGCAAGGCCAUGCUGAAUACAGAGCAGCAAACCGAUGGCCGUUCCGGUUGGCGAGCGGAGUAUCUAAUAGUCCGGUAAAUUUGUGUGAUCCGGCUGGAUUGCGAGGUAAAGAGCUGUCACGCCAUGGUACACGUAGACGUGGAGUUUAUUUCUAGCGUGUCAACCAGCGCUUCCAAGCUUACGCUCAGUCGUAUUUAUCUCAUCUUGCCACUGAGUCAUAAUGGACUUAUUGGGAGAGAGUACGCUUAACUCUAAACAAGUCUUUCUCACAGCAAUCCAUUUUGUACUCGAGUUUUCUUUACCACGCACUUACACUAACCUCAAGCAUCACCCAAUCUUCCAUACGUUGUGGAUGCGGACUUUGUGGAGAAGGAGGGGUUAAAUGUUGGAUUCAUUGACCACUUGAGUCUGAAAUUCGUUCGGGCCCAGAAUGCUUGACACCGUUUAUGUCCAAUGCUAGUAUGGCACCUACCCUGGAAUCCGGGGUCCGUGUGAAAGCAUGCAACUUGGUGGAGACAUGAAUAAACCUGAAGCUGCUGUUUUCUCAGUAUUUACGACAUUUACUGGCUAUACCGGAAAUAUAUAUUAUGAACAGUAGAAGCGCGCUCACCGGCCUGACAACGGGAUGUGCUCGUCCCCCUGUGCCUUGACACUCAACCUGGAGCUACCGCAGACAUUGGCGUAAGGACUAGUAAAAGGGGAAGGGGGGGGGGAGAGAGCACUGAAAAAGACAGGAGAGACCGAGGUUGCCAUUUCUGGCUUGUUAGAUGCUGUCAGUCGGCUCUUCAACUGUAGUUAAUGUGGCAACGGCAUAGAGAAAGACCCCACAUAACUGUUAGUAGACUGUGGAUCGUGCCAUACGUGAUUUAUGGUAAAAGGAGUUUCAUGGGGGGCAGCUCGCUAGACAGGAAGCUAACAAAAUGAGAGAAAUUGCCUGGAUUUAUGCCGAAAGUCUUAUCCUACGCCAUUGUACGACAACGGAAACGAGAGUAGUAAAUAAAUAAUAAACGAAAAGUAACUUUCACAACAUAACGGAUUUUGAGUUAAGGUGUGUAAUUUCCGCGGCAGCCUGCAAAUGUAUGCUAAAAUAAAACCACAUAUGACACGAUCCACAGUCCACUGACAGUUAAGUGGGGUCCUUAUCUAUACCGUUGCCGUUAAUAUUCUCGAUCGUAACCUACAGGACAGCGAGCCCAUGGAACGUUGGACUCAUUAAUCCCCGAUAACGAAAGAACACGGGUUCGAGCCUCCAAGUCCCCAAACCUGGGGUUGUGUAAAUCCGGCUGAGGACGGCUGAUAACCCGCAACUGGCCAUCCCGGUUUCCCUUGUAUUUGUCGGUACCGCUUUGUGUACCUCUAUUGGUCACUAUUUCAUUGCUUCGAGGGCUCCAGACUGAACAGCAAGGCCUAACGGACGAGGACGUCUCGUAACCCGACCGGUGAUGGACUCUCACAACACAUUAAUGUAUCGGAAUGCUACUUAUAUUUAUGAAGAUUUCUGAUGUGAAUAAAUGAAUAAUACUUCCUUCCUAUAAUAGGUAAACAUUUGGGACUUCGAAACCACGGUAGAUCCCGAGUUCCAACUCUUCAUUUCAACACAACUCUCAAAUCCAGUCUACAGUCCGGAACUGCUGGCCAGUGCUGCGCUGAUUGACUUCAACGUCACUGUGAAGGGUCUUGAGGACCAACUUUUGGCGCGAGUCAUUACACUGGAACGCGAGGUGGGUGUGCAAUGGAAUGCGACAGAAGAAGCAACCAUUGAGUAA